AGAUCGGUGUUGUGACCGGAAGUUCCCCGAGCGCCGUUGUUCUCUGCACAGUUAACGUUCUCACCGUAGUCUCCGAGAGAAGCUGACGGAGCUCAUCGGUACUGCGCGCCUCUGCGACCCGUGACUGUGACUCGACAUGACUGCCGCUGGAAGCUCGGUUUCCUCGCACGUGGGAGACGUCGAAGAAGACGCGUCACAGUUGCUGUUUCCCAAAGAGUUUGAGAACUCUGAGACGCUGCUGAACUCGGAGGUCCACAUGCUGCUGGAGCACAGGAAGCAGCAGAACGAGAGCGCCGAGGACGAACAGGAGUUGUCCGAGGUCUUCAUGAAGACUCUCAACUACACGGCCCGCUUCAGCCGCUUCAAGAACCGCGAGACCAUCACUGCCGUGCGCAGUCUCCUCCUGCAGAAGAAGCUCCAUAAAUUUGAGCUGGCCAGUUUGGCGAAUCUGUGUCCUGAAGCUGCAGAGGAGGCUAAAGCUCUGACCCCCAGUCUGGAGGGUCGCUUUGAGGAUGAAGAGCUGCAACAGAUCCUGGAUGACAUUCAGACCAAGAGGAGCUUCCAGUACUAAGACCAGGACCAGCAGCUGGACCUGAGACCUCCAGAACUCUCCUUAACAGAGGCAGCGUGGUUCACGUUCCACCGGGACCAGAAAAAUCACAGAACAUUUAAUCCACCCACCACCCAGCAGAAUCUUGAUGUACUUUAAAGGCACACAAGAUGCUGUUUGUGUGUCUGAUUCUAUCCGGUCUGUGGAAAAUCCAGCACAUGUUGAUAAGAAAACUGUAUCUGUGCUCUGCUCCUUCGGGUACCUAUGGGCAGAAACUCAAAUCCAUCAUCAGUGAGCUUAUCCCGAACACCGCCCACUCGUACUGCCAGCUCAGACCUGCAAGACCACCUUCGAGUCAGAGUCCACGCAAAAUUGAUUCCCAACAGAACCUUCUUGUCCCAGGAGAACCCCUUUUAGUGCUUUUGUGUGGUUGUCUGUCCAAACCGCUUAUUAGGAGCGGAACAGGGAACUGGAUUUAUUGUGUUGAUUGAAAAUAAAAAUUUAAAAAAACUACACCAAGGAACAA